GUUGUACUUGAUCAAGAGAGCCCAUGUGCUGUUACGUUUAAUCCAUUAUUGUAAUCACGAGAGAAGCCUGGGGGUUUGCCACGUACAUCACUUCCCUGUUUGUGCUGGCACUCCUUCAAGGCGGAAUACGACCAUUGAUUAUCGAACACUGAGUGAAGUCGGGGAUUGCCGUACGGAGGUGCGAUAUUGCAUAUACCCCACCGGACCUAGGGUGAGGUGUGGUUGCAGGUUUAACUCUAACCGCUGCCCGCCGUACGAGGAAACCGCUAAAUAUCAUCCUCUUUAUCACGGCGACGAAGACGACCAACGACCUCAUAGCUUUUUGAACUUGAGGAGGCGCGUCCGCAACAUGCUACGCGCGAUGCGUUUACCCAGCCUUCCAAUUCCGUCGAUCUCGAACCCUCUUCGCCCAAAGAAGCACCUAACUAGCAGCCACGCUUCCGAGCUUCCGAGCCACUUCUCGGACAUUGUUGAAGCCGGUGAUGAGUUCAAGUACUGGGGAGCAUCGGAACUCGAUGCGGACCGACAAGAGAGGGCUAGCCUACAGGAGAGUCAUUCAAAAGACAUCGUUCCCAUUGUCGAACUGCCUGACUUCCCCUCCCGGGAGUCCGCUGAGAACGAGGAGCCCUGGGAGCUUGGGGCAACCCGAGGGGCGUCUUUCCACAGCGGCGUUCUUCAAGAUACAGAAGCUCUACAAAGAACCCGGUUGGCUGAGGGACUAUCUAUGCCUCCUAGUAGCGGUGGUGGCCGGUACGAGGAAGCGCCCGCACGCCAGCAAAUAUUCGACUGCAAUCCGUAUCAAGCCGACAUUCACCAUCCGGGACAAGGCCAAUUUGUCGGAUUCCAGGAAGGAAACUACUCACUAACACACCGAACGCAGCGACCCAGCCUUGUAACGUCAACUGCAAGUUCCCUUCCCAUCAAUAGCUUAUACAACAGCGCGGGUUCAUGGUCGUCAGAUCGCGAUUCUUCUGGUCAUUCAUCUUCCAGUAUCUCCACACCAUCCCUCAACUCUGCAGGAGUCUCUUCAACCACCAGUCAAGGAUCAUGUGGGUGUGCUUCUUGCGCCAGGCCUUGUCAGCGGCUUUGGAAUUCUCCAAACGCUUCCUGCUCCUCCGUAAACGAGCUAUGGCCGCACCCUUCCAGCGACUCUCCGUCGGCACCUCCGUUUAACAACCUCCAAGGAUGUGUCGAGAGACCUAGUAAGGAAGUUGACUAUAGCUUCUGUCGUCUCCCCACUGGACUCAAUUUUCCGAUCCGGCAGAUGCCUUUGAGUAUCCCAGAGUGUGACACGCACCCACCCCAGCAGCAUAUCAUGGUACCGAGACCGACAUCUGUCUAUGAGUAUGACCCGCCCGUUUACACGAGUCCGUCAAGUGCAGUCCGCCGCAUUCUGUGGCCGCAAGGAUGUCGCCCUUUCGAGGAAAAUGUGAACAGCGAGCCUAGUGGCGGGACUAGGAUAGAUAUUGACGGACCGCAGGGCAGAUGCACUACGGUAUUCAUUGAGGCAGAUAGAGCUGUUCCAUCAGCUGAUGACUCACAGAUCGAAACUUGCUCAUCGAUCCAAUGUUAUCAGUGCCAGAAAAGGUUCACCGGCGCGUACGGCAGAGGGAAUUUGACCCGACACCAGAGAAUGAAGCACAGUUCGUUGAACACGAGCUUUCCAUGUUCGAUAUGUAGCCGAACUUAUAAGAGAAAGGAUGCGGUGAAGAAGCAUGAAUGGGAGAAACAUGGACGUGGGACGAAGCCGAAGAAGAGGCAUGAAGGCAAGCGGCCAGUCCUGGGGAUACUAGGGACGUAUGAGUUGCCGGCACCCAUGCAGUAGUCCGCACAAGCAAUAUAGCUGGGCUAGCAAGUCAAAGAGCAAGACCUCUUGGUCAAGACAAUGACACGGCGAUUGGCCUAUUAUUCGACCAGGGUACCGAAAUUGUGUUGCAUGGGUUUGAGGAGCUCGGUCUUUUUAACAUAUUUGAAGGGGACGUACAUGCUACCAACAGGUUAGAGACUUCUUCGGAUGUCAAUGAGCUUUGAAGUAGCCUUUUUCGUUCUGAGUCCUAUUGGUAUCAAUGAGUCGCAGAGGGUUCCAAGAUCAACCGCGAUACCGGGCUUGAUUUCUAUUGAUGCCGGCUGUCCGGGGAGAGGAGAUAAUUGAUGGGUGAUGAUAAGCUUGGGGGACGCUCGUUGCCACGUUCUGGACUGUCGAAUGGU